UUAGUAUACUCUACAACUUUGCAAAAUGAAGGUUCUUUCGCUCUUAUUGCUGGCCGCGCUGAUGGCCACAGUGGCCGCCAAGCCACAUGGUGGCUGGAAGGGAAGUGUUUCGGGCCACUGGAGGAUCAGCGGCGGAAGACCGAGAGCCAACGAAUGGGAGCACCACAUUAGGGCUCAUCACGACAAAAGCCGCGAACCUUCGAAGGAAAACUCAUCAGAGGAGGUCCCUGCUGUUCCGGAAAAACCUGAAGUCUCAACCACACAGUCUCCUGGAGAGCCCGAGGAUUCCACUACUGAUUUACCAAUCGAAACGACACAGGCACCAGAUGACUCCACCACUGACUCCGAGGAGGAAACCACUGCUGAUUCCGAAAGCCCCGAAGACUCUACCACCCAAUCUCCGGAGGAUCCCGAGGAUUCCACCACUGACUCCGAGGAGGAAACCACUGCUGGUUCCGAAAACCCCGAAGAUUCUACCACCCAAUCACCGGAAGAGCCGGAGGAUUCCACCACUGACUCCGAUGAGGAAACCACUGCUGGUUCCGAAAACCCCGAAGAUUCUACCACCCAAUCACCGGAAGAGCCAGAGGAUUCCACCACUGACUCCGAGGAGGGAAGCGGAUCAUCAGAGGAAACCACUCAAUCUCCCGAAGAGCCGGAGGAAUCCACCACUGACUCCGAGGAGGGAAGCGGAACUACACUCGGUUGAAGGAUUGAAGGAUUCAAUGUUUUCAAUAACUCUAAGCUUCUGAGCAUGAGUAGAGUAAAUGUUCUAGCCCUAGAUUUACGAAAUACCAAAAUGAACCUCCUAUGACAAUAAUAUUUGGCGGAUGUUCUCUGAAAUAUAUUUAAUUACAAACUUA